AGGAAAAGUAUAUCGAGGAAUUUGAUUUUCCGCAUUGCGACGAGUCCUCAAAAUACGAGAAAGUUGCCAAAAUUGGCCAAGGAACUUUCGGCCAUUGUAGUCUAUCACACAGAUGACACAGAUUCUAUGCAGAAUACUUAAUAUAGAAUAUCUAAUAAGCAAAAUGUUAGUAGUAUGCCGGCAGGUUGGCAGCAAAUUCGAUCAGAGUAUCAUGGCAAAUCCAUAGCCAUCUGUGUCUGCAUUAAGCUUGUGUUUCUGUCACAGAGCUGCUGAAAUGGCUUGACAGCAGAAACCGAGCAGAAUCUGCAGUAUGUUCCAUUUAAAUAUAUUUAAAUGGUUUUUUAUGUUGUUUAAACGGAACGGACAAAUCCUGCUCGGCUUCUACUGUCAAUCUGCCAUCAUACUUUGCUAGCAGAUCCUGUUGUAUUUCUGCUAACAAGCUGCCAACAAAAUUUACAGCAGGCUCUAUGCGAAAUCUGCUUCUGCAGGUUUGGCUAUCUGGGCCUAAUGGGACAUAAAUUCACCAUGGUACUAAGGUCAAGGGAAGUGUUUAAAGCCAGAGACAAGAAGAAUAAUAAGAAGUUUGUUGCAAUGAAGAAAGUACUGAUGGAAAAUGAAAAAGAAGGAUUCCCUAUUACGGCGUUACGAGAAAUAAAGAUAUUACAAUUGCUGAAACAUGAAAAUGUCGUAAAUCUUAUAGAGAUUUGUAGGACACGAGCUACCCAGUAUAAUCGGUAUCGUUCAACUUUCUACCUGGUAUUUGAUUUCUGCGAGCACGAUCUAGCUGGCUUAUUGUCAAAUGUAAAUGUAAAAUUUAGUCUAGGGGAAAUUAAGAAAGUUAUGCAACAACUGUUAAAUGGUCUUUAUUAUAUUCAUAGUAAUAAGAUUUUACAUAGAGAUAUGAAGGCUGCUAAUGUUUUAAUAACAAAAAAUGGCGUACUAAAGUUAACGGACUUCGGUCUGGCACGAGCAUUUAGUGCGAAAAAUGGUCAUUCUAAUCGUUACACGAAUAGAGUUGUCACUCUUUGGUAUCGACCGCCAGAACUGCUGCUUGGUGAUAGAAAUUAUGGACCGCCCGUAGAUUUAUGGGGUGCGGGCUGCAUCAUGGCCGAAAUGUGGACUAGGUCGCCGAUAAUGCAAGGAAAUACUGAGCAACAACAGAUUAUAUUGAUUUCGCAGUUAUGCGGCUCGAUAACGCCCGAGGUAUGGCCUGGUGUUGAAAAUUUAGAACUGUUUCUUAAAAUGGAUCUUCCUAAGGGGCAGAAAAGAAAGGUCAAAGAUAGAUUGAAGCCGUACUUGAAGGAUCCGUACGCUUGCGACUUGUUGGAUAAACUCCUAAUCCUCGAUCCUAAUAAGAGAUGUGACUCAGAUUCAGCGUUAAAUCACGAUUUCUUCUGGACUGAUCCGAUGCCGUGUGAUCUUAGCAAGAUGUUAGCGCAACAUACUCAGAGUAUGUUCGAAUACCUGGCACCUCCAAGACGACCCGGUCACAUGCGUCACCCGCAUCAUCAAGUACCUGGCGGAGCAACCAAAUCCACUACUACGACUGUGGCGGAAAGUGGAUAUCAAGAUCGUGUCUUCUAGCAUAUUUUAUUUCAAUAUGCAUAAAAAUGUGUUACUUGCAUUUCUGUUAUUUAUUUCCAAGAAUGAAAUGUUAACUUUAAUUUCAUGCCGGGAAAUCAACUCCAUUUAGCUGAUUUUUACUAUGUUAGAUUGAAUUGAGAAAAAUGUUUAGAAAAAAAAAAGAAACGUUACCUUUUGAUUUUUUUCUUCUUUUCGCAUAUUCGUUAAGUUCGAGAUAUUACAUUUAGUAUAUCAGUAUCAAAAAUUAAUUUAGGAACAUACCUUUUUAGUGUAAAAGCUAAUUUUUAUAAUAUUUGUUAGAGUAUGUGUGUUAUAUAACCUUUGUCAUGAGUAUUGUAACAUUACAAUAGUAUGUAUAAUUUGUCGAAAUCUUGUACAUUCUUUUAUACGUUAAAGUUAAAUAUUUUACAUAAUAA